UCUUUCUUAACAUUAAAUUCUGAAUUCUCCCUAUUAUCCAGCCCUCCUGCACCAUAUACCACCAUGGCCGACCUCUCCAACCGCCCCUACAUCCACUGGAACGACCCCAAUGUCGAAAAGCUCCCACCCAAUGAAGCCGACGAUAUCCAAGCCGUUGCAGACAUGAUCAAUCUGAUCCAGAAGACCCACUAUAACAAGACCAGGCACGCGUACGGGGGAACCCAUGCCCGUACCCAAGGCGUCGUCAAAGGAACCUUCGUGGUUCCCAAUGACCUUCCGAAGCAUCUCAAGCAGACUGAAUUAUUUGAGAAAGGCGGAGAGUAUAAAUGCAUCUGCAGAUACAGCAGCGAGCCGGGUGAUCCAGGGCUUGACGAUCGCAUUCCUCAACCCCGCGGAUUCGCCAUGAAAUUAUUUGACGUCCAGGGCAAAAUGUUCUCCGGGUUCGAUUGGCCAACGCAAGACAUCGAAUUUAACUCCACCCCGGCUCUCGACCUUGCCGACGCAAAAACAACAAAGGAAAUCAUAGACCUCCGCAUCAAGUACGGCAACGACAAGCCCGAGCUAUAUAGACAUCUUGAAAAAAGACCGGAUACCACUUUGCAGAAAGGACGCGAUGGGGUCCGCAACACGCAUCUUGAAUCCACGCGACAGUACUCGCAGACCGCGUACCGCUUCGGGGACUAUGUGAUCAAGUAUUGCCUUGUACCGAGCUCUGAGACGCAGAGAAAGUUGUAUGAUGAGACUGUCAAGCCGGAGGAUGGAGACGACAUCCUGUCGCGCUGGCUGCAGAGCUUCCACGCGGAUCACGACGCGGAAUAUCUGUUCCAGGUGCAGUUAUGUGAGAACUUGGAGGACCAGCCCGUGGAGUAUGCGGGCAAAGUUUGGGACGCGGAAAAGUACCCUUGGCAGACGGUUGCGACGUUGAAAAUACCGAAGCAGAACAGCUUUAACUACGAGAGGAAGAUGUUCUGGGAGGAUCAUAUGCGCAUUGACCCGUGGCAUGGCCUCGUAAGCCUCCAGCCGCUCGGAGGCCCAAAUCGGUUGAGGAAAGUUGUGUACCCAGCUAGCAGUGCCAUGAGGAGGAAGCUGAAUGGCAGGAAGGAGUUCAACGUAGUGUCCAUCGACGAUAUCCCGUGAGGUGCUGACUAGUUUCGCGCGUAGAGGAAUCGAGUAGCAUCGUACUGUACAUACAAUCUGUUAGCAAGAAUAAUGACAAUCUCCUCUUUGGCCGA